AACCGCUAGUGGUGAUGGAUCUAUAUAUAUAAAUAAGAUGCUCAUGAGAAGUGCACUACACAAAAUUGAAUUAAAGAGGUGGAGAAGAUGGAAAACAUGCCACCAGGUUAUCGUUUCUACCCUACGGAAGAGGAGCUGAUUUCAUUCUAUCUACGGAACAAGCUUGAAGGAGUGAGGGAGGACAUGAAUCGGGUUAUUCCAGUUCUUGAUAUAUAUGAAUAUAGUCCAAGCGAACUCCCACAAAUAUCGGGAGAGGCGAGUGUUAGAGACAGCGAGCAGUGGUUCUUUUUCAUUCCGCGGCAAGAAAGCGAAGCGCGUGGAGGGAGGCCGAAGAGGCUCACAACAACUGGGUACUGGAAAGCCACUGAAUUCAGUUUAUGCCGAGUGUACAAGAAAGCAAAAUGUUUGAGGGCAUUUGAUAGAAGACCACCUCCAAGGAGGGACACGUAUCCUCCUAGCCAGAACAACGGUUCAUCAUCUUUUGAUCAUCAUCAUCAACAUAAUCAAACGGUGGAGAAAUCUUCAGGUGCAGGUAGCUCACCGGAGAGUUCGUGCUCCGAAGACCACGGACAGUGUUCUCAUCGGACGGAGGAUGUGGAAAACGCUAACGAGCCAUUUCUCGAUUGGGAGCAAAUCGAUUGGUUCUUAGGAUCUUCACUGCCGGAACCAUGA